AUGAACAAAGUCAACUUUGUGUCUGCUGAGGAGAUGGAACCAGUCCAAGAAGGGGAGGAUACACAAUUUGCUGAGGUAUGCUACAUGAGCAAUGGGCAAGGAGGUUACAACAAAGGAUACUAUAAUUACAAGUCCAACCCUGCCAUGUCAUACCGCAACACUGAUGUUGCUAACCCUCAGGACCAAGUAUAUCCUCAACAACAAGCAGCUCGAUCGAGUCAGGUGCCACAACAUGGGUAUGGUCAAAAGAACAAUUACCAAGGACCACAAGGCACUUUCCCUGGACAACAAAUGAAUAUCCCACCAGGCUUCCCCCACCAACCGCCCCAGCCUGCACCUUCACAAGAGAAUGAGCUCAAGGAAAUGCUAAAGCAACUACUUCAAGGGCAAGCUGAUGGGGUAGUGGACACAAGCAAGAAGCUAGCUGAAAUAAACUCUAAGAUCGAGAACCUCAACACAAGGGUUUACUCUCUGGAGAAUCAUGCUUCUUCUGUUGCUGCUGCUACAAAGCAAGGACACCUACCUGAGAUUGUUGCUGCUGAGGCUCCUGGAGUCCAGAUUGAUCAACUAGAAGUGCAGGCACCUACUGUGGCCAUUCACACUUCACCAGUUGAGCUCGCACAACAAGANGGUGUUGAACUCGAUCGAGUUAGGAUUAGACGGCUCGAGCUGCUGUUCUUGCAUCAUCUUUGGUCUUUUGGAGCAUUUGGAGCAUAUGGGACAGAGGAGCAAGGAGGACUUGGCAUGGACGCAGCUCAACUGGAUACGCAAAGGAAGAAGGAGGAAGCCAUCUUGAAGACCAGCUCGACCAUACUCGACCAACCGGUCGAGUUCCUCAACUCGACCGGCCAAGCUUCAACUCGAUCGAGCUGA